GGUAAGGUUCUUUAUUCUCUGGUCUGGGGGCCUGCCAUUAAGACGCAGCGAAAGCUACGCUUGGUUGGGCAAAAGGAAUUCCUGGUGGUAUUGCCUAGGCAGCCGUCCGUCAGACAUCGCGAAAGCGUUGCAGGUUCGGCAUCUGUGGUUUUUAUGUAUCUGUAAUAUGGAGAAACUAAAAGGGUUAAAAGAGGUUUUGGGCAGCAAUAAUGCCUCUAUACCAAGUUCUUCUCCGUUGGGUUGUUUGUUGGCACAUUGGAAAGAGGGGAACUUCGGUCAGGAAUUACGAAAAGAUAAGUUGAUUGAAUAUUGUAAUGUUCACUGGCCAAAAUACGCUUUGCCUGAAAAUCAGAGGUGGCCGAAAAACGGGUCUUUUGAUGUGAAGGUUAUUAUGCAACUUAGAUUGCUUUGUACACAAGAUGGAAGGGUAGAACAAUUACCAUAUAUUGACUUAUUUCUGUGCUUGCUUGAGAAACCGGUUUUGUGGCUUGACAAAAUGAAAGCAAUGAAGCUUGAGAAUAAUAAGUGUCUGGCUUGCGUCCAAAAUAAGCAUUGUAUGGAACAUGCAGUUUUAAGUGAAAUUUUAGGGGGAAAAAGAGAUGAACUGGAAUCGGAAUUAUUGGUAUCUCCCAUGGCUCCUGGAACCACCACGGCCCCCUCAACACCAAGUUCUACCCCGCUCACCCUGACCCCACCUGAUUCUCUUACACACCCCUCGCUCGCGCCAGCACAAUAUGUUUCACCCCCACCUUUGUCUGCUGAUCCUCCUCUGCCUGUGCCAGCCGCUCCUCCGCUUGCUCUGCCUGCCCAGGUGCCGGUCCCUCCUCCGCUGGCUCAGAGAACCCCCCCUUCUCCACAUACACCUGCUCAAAGCUAUCCUGCUCCCCCGCCCACACCCGCUGAAAGAUUUAUCCCCCCUCUAACACCAGCUCAAGGGUACCCUCCGCUCCCACCUACACCUCCUUCACCAGCUUCUGGCCCGUCUGCCCCCCUGUAUCCUCCCCUCCCCGAUUCACCUGUCCAGGAUGUGAUUGUGAGGCAGAAGCAAAGGGGGAAUGUGAAGAAGACAGAUAGAAUGGAAAGUAGUGACAGUGAAGCAGAUGAACUAGACGCCCCAGUAGCUCACCGAACACGAGGAAAACUGGCCCUGGAGUGGCCUCAGGCAGGAAAGGGUAUAUUAAAAUCAGGCAAACAAAAGAGAACGAUUAUUGCACCACUAAGGCAAGGGGUGGGAACUAAUGGACCUGUCUUUGUAAAGGUACCCUUUUCACCUGCUGAUUUAGUUAUAUGGAAACAAUCAGCCGGAACGUAUAGAGAAAACCCAGAUAAGGUAGCUCGUGUGGUUAAGAUGAUAAUGAAAACUCAGAACCCUGAUUGGGAAGAUAUUCAUGUCAUAUUAGACACUCUGAUGGAUGAGACAGAGAGAGAUAUGGUUCUUCGAGCAGCAAGAGAAAGAGCUAGAGAAGACAUACGAAAUGGUUUGGUGACAGGGACACUGGAUUAUAAUUUUCCCACUGCAGACCCAGAGUGGGAUGCUAAUGACCCCUCUGGAGUGGAUAUGUUAAGGCUAAAGAGAUAUCAGGAGUGGAUUUCAGUUGGUGUUCAACAGGCAAUACCUAAGAGUAUGAACUGGUCUAAGUUGUAUGAAAUUCGACAGGAAAAGAAAGAAUCUCCCACUGCCUUUCUAGAAAGACUUAAGGAAGCAGCUAGAAGAUAUACUGAUCUUCAAGUAGACAGUGAGCAAGGAAGAACUCAGCUUGCCUUUAUUUUUCUGGGUCAGGCACAGGAAGAUAUUAGGAAAAAGCUACAGAAACUGGAAGGUGAAGAGUUAAGAAACUUGGAUAAACUCCUAGAGGUUGCCUGGAAAGUUUAUAAUAACAGGGACAGAGAAAUUGUCAAGAAACAGGGGCAAAGCCUUUUGGCAGUCUUACAGAGACAGGGGCGAGGGCGUGGUAGAGGCGGUCGUGGCGUUAAUAGAGGUGGCUUUGGCAGAGGUUCUGGUCAUGGUAGAUUAGGUCUGAAUCAGUGUGCAUAUUGUCGGAUGGAGGGACACUGGAAAAGGGAGUGUCCAAACCGGUUUAGCCAGAAUGGUCAGCCUCAGUUAGACAGUAUGUUUAAUCAAAGUGGUGAGCAUCAGCUGGAUGGUGUAGCCAGGGUCAUGGUUUUACAUGAGAGGGAGCCAGGAUCAAGAGAGCCCAUGGUGACUUUGCAUUUAGAAGGAAAAGACGUAGAUUUUCUCAUUGACACGGGGGCCACACAUUCUGUACUAAAUUAUCUUGAGGGGCAAAUCGGGAACAAGUCAGCAGCAGUCAUUGGAGCCACAGGGAAGGAGGAGGUACGGCCAUUCUUGCAACCCCUAGAAUUGAGCUUUGAAGAUAAGAUCUUGACCCAUGAAUUCUUAUACAUGCCAGACUGCCCAACUCCGCUCUUAGGGCGCGAUCUACUGGCAGCACUGGAGGCAGUAAUUACUUUUGAGAAUGGUGAACUCGUAAUGAAAAUUCCGGAGUCUAAGACAGGAAAGAUUUUGAUGAUAAAAGAAAAACCAAUUUCUAAUAUUCCUAAAGAAGUAGAAGAUGCAGUAAUUCCCUCUGUCUGGGAAACAGAUGUACCUGGAAAAUCUAAAUUGGCACAACCGGUACAUGUAGAGUUAAAAGAAGGAGCAAAGGCUGUACGAAUCAAACAAUACCCUAUAAAACCAGAAGCACGACAGGGAAUAGCAAAGACCAUUGAUAAAUUUUUAAAAUAUCAAAUUCUAGAGGAAUGUAAAUCGGAAUAUAACACCCCAAUUUUCCCAGUGAAGAAACCCAAUGGUGAGUAUAGACUUGUACAGGAUUUAAGAGGUAUAAAUGAGAUAACAAAAGACAUUCAUCCAGUGGUUGCCAAUCCCUAUACAUUGUUAGCAUCCGUAAAAGAGAUAUAUAAAUGGUUUACUGUAAUUGACUUAAAAGAUGCUUUCUUCUGUAUACCCCUUGACCAAGAAAGUAGGAAACUAUUUGCCUUUGAGUGGGAACAUCCAGAAAGUGGAAGAAAAACUCAGCUCACCUGGAGUCGAUUACCGAUGGGGUACAAGGGGUCGCCCACUCUCUUUGGAAGUCAACUGGCAAAAGAACUGGAAAUCUGGACCAGAGAAGGGCAAGUACCAAGAGACCAAUAUUUAUUACUCCAGUAUGUAGAUGACAUUUUGAUUGCAACAGAGGAAGAAAUGACCUGCAUAAAGGUAACCAUUGAGAUCUUAAAUUCACUAGGAAUGGGAGGGUAUAAGGUAUCCAGAGAAAAAGCACAAAUUGCCCAACAGACUGUGAUUUACCUGGGAUGUGAAAUCUCACAAGGGCAGAGAAAACUGGGUACUAAUCGUAUUCAAGCUAUCUGUGCUAUUCCAGAGCCUCAGAAUCUACACGAGCUGCGGAUCUUCCUCGGAAUGACAGGGUGGUGUCGCCUGUGGAUCAUGGACUAUGGACUGAUUGCAAAACCCUUGUACGAGGCUCAGAAGACGCAGCCGUUCACCUGGGGCAAACCACAGAAAGAGGCCUUCCAGAAGUUAAAGGAAGCACUGACAACUGCUCCUGCUUUGGGGUUACCUGAUCUGUCUAAAGACUUUCAGCUGUACGUGCAUGAAAGGCAGCGACUGGCACUGGGAGUCCUGACCCAACGACUGGGAAGCUGGAAAAGGCCGGUGGGUUACUUUUCCAAACAACUCGACAACGUAAGUGCCGGAUGGCCUUCAUGUCUGCGGGCAGUGGCAGCUACCGUGCUGCUGAUACAUGAAGCCAGGAAGCUCACAAUGGGAAGACACAUAGAUGUCUAUGUGCCACACAUGGUAACUACAGUCCUGGAACAAAAGGGGGGCCAUUGGCUCUCUCCAAGCCGGAUGAUGAAGUUUCAGGUAACCCUGACUGAGCAGGAUGAUGUUGCACUAAAAACAACUAACCUCUUGAAUCCAGCUCUAUUUCUAGGUGCCACAGCUGAGGAAGGCCCAUUAGAGCACGACUGUCUAGAAGUCAUCGAGCACACUUAUUCAGCAAGAACAGAUCUGAAGGAUGUCCCCCUGGAGCAACCAGAGUGGGAACUCUUUACAGAUGGAAGCAGCUUCAUGGAGAACGGAGCCAGAUACGCGGGAUAUGCGGUAACUACAAUUGAUGUAGUAAUAGAGGCAAAAUCACUACCACCUAACACGUCUGCACAAAGGGCAGAACUAAUCGCAUUAACCAGAGCACUCGAGCUGAGUGAAGGGAAGACAGUGAAUAUUUGGACUGAUUCCAAAUAUGCCUUUGGAGUAGUGCAUGUACACGGAGCUUUAUGGAAAGAAAGAGGACUGCUGUCCUCCCAAGGGACGAAUAUUAAACAUCAAGAUGCAGUCCUACAAUUGAUAGAUGCAGUACAAAAACCUGAACAAGUAGCAAUCAUGCACUGCAAGGCACAUCAAUCAGGCAACUCCAAAAUUUGUGAAGGAAAUCGAAAAGCAGAUUGGGCAGCCCGUCAGGUAGCGCGAGAGGUGCAGAAAACAAUGGCAUUGAUACCAUCAAGACUUAAUAUCUCUCAAUUUAAUUUGCCUCCGAAGCCAAACUAUACAAUCGAAGAUGACAGACUAGCACAACUGCUGAAGGCACAGAAGAACGCAGAAGGGUGGUAUGUAACCGCACAAGGGCAAAUAGUGGUACCUCCUUUGGUAAUGAGAGAAAUUUUACAGGUAAAACAUAAUGAGUGUCACUGGGGUGCAGAGGCGUUGGUAAAGUGGUUAAGACAAUACCUAAUCUCAGUACGGAUGCAAACAAUGGCCAAGUCAGUAAUGUCUAAAUGUGAAAUCUGUCUGAAAAACAAUCCCGUAGCUAGACGACAGGCACAGUUAGGCAGAAUUCGGAUAGGAAUAGAACCAGGAGACUAUUGGCAAGUGGAUUUUGCAGAACUGCCAAAAACUCGGGGAUACAAAUACCUGUUAGUAGGGGUUGACACGUUUUCUGGAUGGCCAGAAGCCCUUCCCUGUCGCACAAACCAAGCAAAGGAAACAGUUAAGUGGUUAUUACAGGAGAUCAUUCCCAGGUUUGGGGUGCCCCUAGGGAUAUCAUCAGACAGAGGCCCACACUUCAUAGCCACAGUGGUACAAGAGGUAAGCAAGUUAUUGGGAAUAUCUUGGGACCUCCACACACCGUGGAGACCCCAGUCAAGUGGGCAAGUAGAAAGAAUGAACCAGACACUGAAGAGGCAGAUCAGUAAAAUAUGCCAGGAAGCCAAACUGCAGUGGCCACAGGCUUUGCCGAUAGCAUUGCUGAGGGUUCGGAUAAAGCCUAGGAGUGGGAUGUCAGUUAGUCCUUAUGAAAUAUUGUAUGGGAAACCAUAUGAAUCUCCUAACCCCAAUCCAAAUGUUCAUGUCACAGGGAAACAAGAUGUGUAUAAUUAUGUUCUGUCCCUCGGGAAAACUCUAGCUCGGCUCCGAAGUGUUCUCGUGUGGAACAGACCACUGGCCCUGGAGAAUCCAGUCCACAAUAUCGAACCAGGAGAUGAGGUAUACAUCAAAACCUGGAAUGAAGAACCACUAAAAGAGAAGUGGACUGGUCCCCAUCAGUUUACAGAAUCCUGAAGAGAGAGAUACAGAAAAAGGCAUCUUGGAACAGGACCAUAAUGAAGGCAUUGGCACGGAACCCAGCACCUUCAAUCCGCAACAACAUCCCGGACAAAGCCUAUGACAACAGAGGAUUUGAAGAUGAACAUCCAGUAUGAACUCUGAAGCCUAAUGGACUGUAUUAAGUGAAAGCAUUUACACUUAGUAUAUUAGAGUGAAAAUACUUUCAAAGGGGGGAAUGUUGGUGGAGGGUUAAAAAAUAUAAUUUCUAGAUUGAGUAAUGUAUAGGGGGAGGAAAGUAGAGAACGUACAACUGGAACUUACGCAGCUAGCUGGGAACAAGCGUCAGUUUCUGUAAACAGCUCCAUGCUAUUGUUUUAACCAAAUCAAGUGUGGAUCAGGGUAGAAGCGUAGGUAUGAUUUAAGAUAGUAACUAAGGAAUAGGAUAAUCAGUAUCUAGGGGUGGGGGUUAGUUAACAUGUGUAUAAUUUAAACUAUAAAAAUCACGAAUCGACUCUGUAUGCUUUGGACAUCAGAUUUGGGUGUAUUAUCACCCCGGUGUCCCGCGCGCUGGAAUAAAGAACCGCAUAUGAUCGCC